AAAAAUUUCUUCACAGAGAAGUAGAAGCCUAUAAAAUUGGAACUACGUUUCUACAUGAAUUAAUCAUCUUGAUUGAUUAAUUAAUUUAAUUUCUACUAAUCUAAUUUUCAUAAUGGCGACGGUGGCCACAAAUAAUGCGACGGCCGCGAGUGGUGUUUGUCCCCCGGCUAUGAAAGCCACCUCCGAUGGCAUUUUUCAAGGCGAUAAUCCUCUUAAUUAUGCUCUUCCUCUUGCCAUCCUUCAGAUUUGUCUCGUCGUCCUUCUCACUCGCGUUCUUUCUUUCCUCCUUCGUCCCAUCCGCCAACCUCGUGUUAUUGCUGAGAUCGUCGGCGGCAUCUUGUUGGGUCCAUCGGCACUCGGCCGGAAUUUGAGUUACUUACACACAGUCUUCCCGCCGAGGAGUCUCACCGUAUUGGACACAUUGGCCAAUUUGGGUCUUCUCUUCUUCCUCUUUCUGGUUGGCUUGGAGUUGGACCUUAAAUCCCUCCGCCGCACCGGAAAACGAGCCAUGUGCAUUGCCUUUGCUGGGAUCACCCUCCCCUUCGUCCUUGGAAUCGGUACCUCCUUCGUUCUGCGAUCAACCAUCUCAAAAGGCGUCAAUGAAGCUGCAUUGCUCGUCUUUAUGGGUGUCGCUCUUUCCAUCACUGCCUUCCCUGUUCUCGCUCGAAUUCUGGCCGAGCUCAAGCUUUUGACAACCGAUGUAGGUCGGAUGGCUAUGUCCGCCGCUGCCGUUAAUGACGUCGCAGCCUGGAUCCUUCUAGCGUUGGCAAUUGCACUCUCUGGCUCCGGCAACUCCCCUUUCGUCUCCCUCUGGGUUUUCCUCUCCGGAGCUGGUUUUAUUGUUUUUUGUACCUUCGCUAUUCCACCGGUGUUCCGGUGGAUGUCGGAACGGUGCUCUGAGGGUGAGCCGGUGAAGGAAUUGUACAUUUGUGCCACUCUUUCCAUUGUUUUGGCUGCUGGGUUCAUGACGGAUUUGAUCGGAAUCCAUGCCCUGUUUGGAGCUUUCGUCGUUGGUGUUUUGAUUCCCAAGGAAGGACCAUUCGCCGGAGCUUUAGUUGAGAAAGUUGAGGAUCUUGUCUCCGGUCUUUUCCUUCCAUUAUACUUCGUUUCCAGUGGAUUGAAAACAAAUGUUGCAACAAUUAAAGGAGCUAAAUCAUGGGGCCUUCUUAUUUUAGUCAUUUUCAAUGCUUGUUUCGGUAAAAUCGUCGGAACUGUCUCUGUUUCGCUGCUCUGCAAAAUGCCAUUUACAGAAUCACUUGCUUUGGGUUUCUUGAUGAACACGAAAGGCUUAGUGGAAUUAAUUGUUUUAAACAUCGGCAAGGAUAGGAAGGUUUUGAAUGAUCAAACAUUUGCAAUUAUGGUUCUAAUGGCAAUCUUCACAACAUUCAUCACAACCCCGAUUGUUAUUGCUGUCUACAAGCCGGCCAAAAAACAGGCCAGAUCUAAUUACAAGCAUAGAACAAUAGAGAGGAAAAAUCCUAAUUCCGAGCUUCGAAUUCUUGCUUGCUUUCAUUCCUACGGAAACAUUCCGGCGACGAUUAACCUUAUUGAAGCUUCUCGAGGUAUUGAGAAAAAAGAUGGGCUAUGUGUUUAUGCUCUACAUUUAACAGAGCUAACAGAGAGAUCCUCCGCCAUUCUUAUGGUUCACAAAGCAAGGAAAAACGGCGUCCCCUUUUGGAACAAAGGCCGGGUUGAUUCAAACCAGAUCGUUGUCGCCUUCGAGGCAUUUCGACAACUCAGCCGGGUUUCAAUCCGGCCGAUGACUGCCAUUUCUGCUCUGUCCAACAUGCACGAAGAUAUCUGUAGCAGUGCCGAGACGAAAAGGGCCGCCAUUAUAAUCCUUCCAUUUCACAAACAUCAAAGAUUGGAUGGAUCUUUUGAAACGACAAGAACUGAUUACCGGUCAGUUAAUCGGAAAGUUCUGGAACAAGCCCCCUGUUCCGUCGCAAUUUUGAUCGACAGAGGACUCGGCGGUGGGUCUCACGUCAAUGCAAGUAACGUCUCUUCCACAGUCACAGUCAUUUUCUUCGGCGGGCCUGACGACCGUGAAGCUCUGGCGUUUGGAAAAAGAAUGGCGGAACAUCCCGGAAUUAGCCUGCACGUCGUCCGAUUCACACCCAGCACCGAUUUCGCGAUGGAAUCCGUCGCCGUCGACGUAAACAAGAACAAUUCGCCGGAUUCUGACUGUGAUGAUAAUGCGUUAGCAUCGAUUAAAUAUGAGGAGAGAAACGUGAGCAAAGGGAGCCACGCCGUAGAAGCAAUGAAGGAAUUUAAUAAAUCGAAUUUGAUUUUGGUAGGAAGAUGCCCGGAGGGGGAAGUGGUGAGGAGUUUGAAUACGAACAGUGGGGAUAGUUCAGAGCUUGGACCCGUCGGCGGGGUGUUGGCAUCGCCGGAAUUUUCGACGACGGCAUCGGUGCUGGUGGUGCAGCAAUUUCGCGGUGAACAAUCACCGUUAGCUAUGGAGUACACUUCGAAAGGGGAAUCUACUGAGGAUGAACGUUAAAGAAUUAAGUUUUUCUAAAAAAAUGAUUUUACGUAAUACCUAUUUAAUUCCAAGAUUAUGUUGGAAAUUGGAAUUAUUAUGCAUUAUCAAAUCAUUUCAUUUCCUAGGUUUGCAUUUUACACAAUAGCUUAAUAAAUCAAAAUAUUUACGAAAAUAUAUUAAAUUUUCAUAUUCUAUGUAAAUAUUUUUAACAAUUUUGUAAUAUGUUGAGAAUAAAAAUGUUAUUAUUGAUUAGAUUUGAGUUCAGUAUAUGAACUCUAAAAAAAUAAAUAUAAAAUUUCUUGUUUUUU